AUGUUGCAUGGAGGCAUUUCCAAGGAGAAGAUAUUGGAACUCUGGGGGGUGAAAGAGUUGCUCAAGAUCGAGAGGAAGCUUGAAAGGGCUCUCUCCCGUGCUAGGCAAAAAAAGACGCAAGUGUUGUUGCAAAGGCUGGAAGAACUGCGGAAAAUGGAGCAUGAUCUUGGUGAAGAGAAUAAGCAGAUGCAGAUUGAGGUCUGUGCUUCUUCUUUCUUUUUUCCCCAAUCAAGGUCUCAUAGUGGUGGGCUCACGGACUGUGUCUCAUAG